AGUGAAGAGGAGGUGAUGAGUCAGUGCUCGCCUUGCCCAGCCCCUCCGUCACAGCGCGCGCACACACACGUUCACACGCUCACUCACUGAACAGGUGGGUCUUGUAGCCGAGCUUCACACUCACUCGCACCUCUGAGGAGUUAUGAGGAUUCCCGCAGGCGGCCGCCGUCUCCUGCUCUCCUGGAUAUAAUGUAUCGGCGGAGAAAGGCUUGUGAGCGCGCGGAGCUGAGCUGUCUGCAAACUAACUGAGCUCUCCUCGGACUCUCCGGGAAUCCUGAGGGCGAAGAUGAAAGUGACAGUGUGUUUCGGAAGGACCCGGGUGGUCGUACCUUGUGGAGAUGGGAAUAUUAAAGUCCACAGUCUUAUCCAGCAAGCGGCCAUGAGGUAUAAGAAAGCGAUAGCGAAGGACCCAGGCUAUUGGAUCCAGGUUCACCGCUUGGAGCAUGGUGAUGGAGGCAUCCUGGACUUGGAUGAUGUGCUGUGUGAUGUAGCUGAUGAUAAAGACAGGCUGGUAGCAGUGUAUGAAGAGCAGGACCCUCAUCAUGGAGGUGAUGGGACCAGUGCGAGUUCCACAGGCAGUCAGAGUCCAGACGUGUUCAGCAGAGGGGAGCUGAGCUCCAACAGCCCUUCAGCCUUUCAGCCGUACCAUAACAGUAGUGAGAUCGAGGUUACACCAUCUGCACUGCGAACGAACAUGCCCCUACAUGUCAGACGCAGUAGCGAUCCCGCUUUGGUAGCCUUGACAGAAUCUGCACUCCAGCCAGAUGAGCCAUCUCGAAAGAACCCCUCCCGUUGGUCCACUACUGCAGGCUUCCUCAAACCAAACGCCACCAGUGGAACCAACAGCCUGGAGCGAAAGGGUAAGGGGCCAGCCUCGUAUCGCAGUCUGCCUCGUGAUACAGCAGCGUGGGCCAGCCAAUUUCAGAGAGAGAGUGCCCGCUCCUCCCUCAGCGCCAAUCACCCCAUGGUGGACCGCUGGCUGGUGCGCCAGGAACAGGAUGAAGAGGAAGAAGAAAGGAGGAGAGACGAAGGCAGGAAUGGACGGAUUGAACCGGUGGGCCGGGCUGACUCCUGUGUUGAAUCGCUCAAUCUAGAAGACAUGCUGAAGCCAGUCGAGGUGUCAAAUGGCGGUGGGCCCUUGGGUAUCCAUGUAGUUCCAUUCAGCUCCAGAGACAGAAGGACGCUGGGUCUGCUGGUGAAGCGGCUGGAGAAGGGCGGAAAGGCAGAGCGGGAAACGCUCUUCCAGGAAAACGACUGCAUCGUCCGCAUUAAUAACCACGACCUGCGCAACAUCCGCUUUGAACAAGCACAGAACUUGUUCAGGCAGGCCAUGCGUUCCCCACUCAUCCUGUUUCACGUGGUGCCAGCUGUGAAGAAACCCCUGUAUGAGCAACUCUCUCAAAAUGAGUUUGGCUUACAGUCUGGUCCAAGUCCUGGUCCAGGUCCUGGGCCCAGUGGGCUCACCCCGGACCCCAAACCUGGGCCUGCACCCAGCCAUCUAACGCCUGACCCCAAACCUGGGGACCGGGGGAGUUUGGUCGUGGGAAGCAUUGACUACAGCCCUCAGAGAAUGUCCAAGACUGGACCACACCCUAAUUUCAAUCACCAGCCACUUCCUGUCCACCCAGAGCAGAGUAAAGCUCAUUCCACCUUACCAGCAGUUGGCAUCACCCCACCAGCCAAAUCCCCACUUGAGGGGCCAGCGCAACCCCUCAAGACAGCUACACCCACCACUUCCACUGGCUUCUCUAAAAAGAUUGGCCGCAAGUUCAACGUGCAGCUGAGAAAAGGUCCUGAGGGGCUGGGCUUCAGUAUUACAUCACGUGAUGUCCCCAUCGGAGGCUCCGCCCCCAUCUAUGUGAAGAACAUCCUCCCUCGUGGAGCAGCUAUCCAAGAUGGUCACCUGAAGGCUGGCGACUGCCUGCUGGAGGUGAAUGGGGUGGAUCUGAAUGGGAAAUCUCAGGAAGAGGUGGUCGCUCUGCUCCGCUCCACUCCGAUGGGAGGCACUGUGAGUCUUCUCGUCGUCAGACAAGAGGACGCCUUUCUGCCUCGUGAAGUGAAAGCAGAGGAUGAUGAUUUGGUGCUGACUCCUGAUGGAACGAGGGAGUUCUUGACUUUUGAGAUUCCUCUAAAUGACUCUGGUUCUGCGGGAUUAGGAGUCAGCGUCAAGGGCAACCGCUCCAAAGAGAACCACGCAGACUUGGGCAUCUUUGUCAAGUCCAUCAUCAACGGAGGAGCUGCCAGCAAGGAUGGGCGGUUGAGGGUCAAUGACCAGUUAAUAGCUGUGAACGGAGAAUCAUUGCUUGGGAAAACCAAUCAGGAAGCCAUGGAGACUCUUCGCAAGUCCAUGUCUGUGGAAGGCAAUAAGAGAGGCAUGAUCCAGCUCAUAGUGGCCAGGAGGGUCAACGAGAGGAAUGAGGAGGACGCUCCAGAAAACCCCUCAGCAUCCGAUGUGCCGCUGGGCCGACCUCACGAGGAGCUGGAGCGGCGCAUCUCACAUUCACUCUACCCCGGAGCCAUAGAGGGUCUGGAUGACACCCUGAGCCCCCGACCCACCAUCACUGGAAGAAUGAUGGGUAACUACCAGCUGUCCCCCACUGUGAACAUGCCUCAGGAUGACACUGUCAUUAUCGAAGAUGAUAGGCCACCCGUGCUUCCUUCCCGCCUGUCUGACCAAUCAUCUUCCAGCUCCCACGAUGACAUGGGCUUUGUGACAGAUGUGCCCGCCUCCUGGGCCAAAGAUAUUCAGAAUCAAGAUGAGUGUUCUCUGAGUCCAGACGCAGAUCCUGAUGGUGCGUUUCAGAGGGAGGGCUUUGGCAGACAGAGCAUGUCAGAGAAAAGAACCAAACAGUAUGGAGAUGCUACUCAACUAGAGAUCAUCAAGACUCGCAAAUCUAAGAGCAUGGAUUUAGUAGCUGACGAGAUUAACCUCACACCCCGCCCAAACAGGACAGAAGGCAACUCCACGCGAGACGUCGGACCCAAUCUGGGCCUGAAGAAGUCCAGCUCCCUGGAGAGCCUCCAGACGGCCGUUGCCGAGGUAACGCUGAACGGGGACGUCCCCUUCCACAGGCCCCGCCCUCGAAUCAUUAGGGGAAGGGGCUGCAACGAGAGCUUCCGGGCCGCCAUUGACAAAUCAUACGACCGGCCUGUGAUGAGCAUGGCGGGUGAGGAGGAGGAGGAUGAAGGCAUGGAGACCUUGGAAGAGGACACCGAGGAGAGCUCACGCUCUGGUCGAGACUCUGUCUCCACAGCGAAUGACCUACCACUCCCAGCUGGUGGGGCAGCCAUCCCAGAGAGCCAGGUGAAUGGAGGACGGUCCAAAGAUGACAAGAAGAAGGGAGGGAAGGAGAAAAAGGAGAAGAACAAAUCCAAGAAAGGCGUGCUCAAGGGCCUGGGUGACAUGUUCAGGUUUGGCAAGCACCGCAAAGACGAACGAACAGGAGACAAGAUGGAGCGCAAAGGCUCAAGCAAGAACAAAAUGGAGGAUACCCAGGCCACGGAGGAGGACAUGCAGAGGAUGCGUCUGGAGAGGGAGAGGAUCCAGGCCAAAACCAGGGAGUUGCGGGAGCGUCAGGCCAGGGAGAGAGAUUACGCUGAGAUCCAGGACUUCAACCGCACCUUCAGCUCUGAUGAAGAGCACACCUACGCAGGCAUCGGCUCACUGGACUCCUCCAUGGACAGUAGCCAGAGCCUGAACCAGCAGCCUCCAGGGCAGGAGCGGCCCCACAGCCCCAGAGAGCAGCCACUGGAGGCCCUGUAUGCCCAGGUCAAUAAGCCUAGGAACGGCCGGCCUCCUUCAGCAGACAGCAACAGACUGGCGCCUAGCAACCACGACCGGAUACAGCGGCUGAGGCAGGAGUUCCAGCAGGCCAAGCAGGAGGAGGAGCCCGACGACCGUCGCCGUACCUACAGCUUCCAGCAGCAGCCAUGGGCCAAUGCUGGGGCCUACAAUCCGACAGGAAGGCAUUCUGUUUCCGUAGAAGUCCAGAUGCAGCGACAGAGACAAGAUGACCGCGACGCCUUCACACAGUCACAAAGACAGUACAACUCCUUACCAAGGCAACCACGUAAAAACCCCAGCACCGUAUCUCAGGACUCCUGGGAUAAGGUCUAUCCCCCUGGUGAGGUGUUCCAGUCUGCUAAAGAGAACCCGCGCUACUCCAGCUAUCAGGGUGGCCGGGGCACUAACGGUUACCUGAGCACCCCCGUGUCCGGCCUGAACGCUCGCGUCCUGCUGGAAACCCAGGAGCUGCUGCGGCAGGAGCAGAGGCGUAAAGAACAGGAAGCUCAGGCCAAACUGGCUUCACCAUCUGACCCUCCAGCUGUGGCCCCCACACCCCCCAAAGGCCCCUACAGGCAGGAUGUCCCACCCUCCCCGUCCCAGCUCGCCCGUCUCAACCGUUUGCAGAGCCCUGAGAAAGGCCGGCCAUUCCACUCCUGAGUUGUGGGGGAAGGAGAGAGAGAGAUUAGGUGGGACGAGUGAAGGGCCUGUAUAGGCCACACCAGCAGUGCACAGUGGUACUGGCGGGAGAUGCAAUUAUAGGCAAACUCUAGCAAUUUUUCAACCUAAUCUCUAUCUGCUACGUCUGCGUCAUUCUGUCGAUUAACAUGGCCAAUAAUCUCAACCCAUUUCCACAUACUUAGAAAAGAACAGAAAGUCAGUUUGCAUUAAACUUAUUUAUAGUAGAAGCUGUUGGGCCCUUGCUGAAUUCCAUGAAGAGCCUUUUGAAAUAAGUAGCUACAUAACGGGAAUUUGAAAGUACAACCAUUACACUCUUAGGAGUACAGGUGCUAGGAGGAGACAGACAUGAGAGAAACUAGUCUUACUAAAGCUGUUUUUAUAAAGUUUUAUCCAACUUAUGAACUCUGGAGCAGUAAAAAAAAAUACAGUUCUCAAAUAGCUUUGACUGAAGAAUUCAUGAAAGCGUUCUACAAAAUGUGUCUUCAAGUAGGUUUUUUGUUCUUUUCUAAGUACAGAGAAAGUCUUUGUCAUGACUGUGAGUGAUAAUUUGGCCAGACGCUGUGGAUGUAGCUAAUAGAGAUUUGAUUGAUAACUGCUGGAGUAUUUUAUUCAGAACUUUGAACUUUUAAACCUUGGAGAAAAAAUGGGGUUUUGGUUAAUGAAUCUGUUUUUAAACAUGUAAUGUACAAUACAUUGAUACUUUUGUUUUUUAAUACAUGAUUGUGGUCUGCCAACUUCCCUUAGUAAAGGAGUUUUCAGUUCUGGUCCUGGAGGGCUGGUGUCCAGCACAGUUUGUUGAUUUUCCUGCACAAGGACACCUACUAAACCUGGUAAUCUCUUGGACCACAGCUGGACAGUCCUCAGUUUUAGUAUGUCGGUGUGAGUGUGUGUGUGUAUGAAAGUGUAUGAGUGUUGUAUCUUUAACCUGAAUUCCUUCCAGUUAUCCUUGACAAUCACGUGACAGCCAGUGUACGGCUUUGCUGCAUUGGUAUUCUUAUAGUGCUGUGACCUACAUAUCCUAUUUCAAAUCGAGCAUCAAUUUGGAAUGUCGAGUGCAGUGUUCAGGAAAGGAGAGGAUAUGAGUGGGUUUCAAAUAUUAUUCUGAGUAUUGCAAAGGAGAGGUCGUUGUGUGUGUCAGUGUGUUUGAAAGAGAGGGAGAGAGAGAGCAUGAGAGAGGAAGAGAGAAAGUCCAUAGGCUUUAGCUGUUUGACUGAAGUGUGUGGUGUAUGUGUAUGGUUGGGCCUGUCACCCAGCAGCCUUUAAAGAAAAUCCUAAGCUGAAUGUCAGAUGACCCCUAACUCCCUACACAGUGCACUACACUGAGCAUAAAAAGUCCACUGUAUAUUCAAUAGGGAGCCCUAUGGGAUUUGGCCCCAGUCACCUCACUCAUCUUUUAAAAAUAGACAUCAGUACAUUCAGUACAUCAGAGUUCCUCACAAACUCAGCACAAGAUAUAUUAAUUGCAAAUUACACCCGUUGUUCUUCUGUCCAUCAUCCUUUUUUUUUAAAUUUGCAAGAAGUCUUUUCUUAUCUAUCCAGCUAACACAGCCCUGCACACACUGCUAAAGCUUCAAAUCCUCCGCUGUGCAUAUGCACACACCUGUCCUGGAAUAUCACUCAUGUGACCAGGGUCAAAGCAGGACUGUAAUUAAUGCACCGUGAUGAAAAAUUGAUUUGGAUGUCAUCUGUGUGCGCGCAUGUGUCUGUCUAUCUUGGCCAGUCUUUGAUUAUGUAGACUCAGUCAGACGUUGAGUCUGGUCCAUACUGAAUGUGUUAUCAUGCAGGUUAAUGGGGAGUUGCUCACACUUUGUAUGCAGUAAAACAUCAGUAUGUUAUGUUAAACCUGACCCCACUCUGAUCUCUACAGCCUGCUCUCAGCUCCAGCUCCCAUCAUACAUCAUGAUUAUAAUCAAAAACUCAAUCUACAACUCGCAUCAUGUUGCUUUAUGCUUGUUCGUGUGUGUGCAUGUGUUUGUUUUCAAACAUUUUAGAUUUACAAAAAUCAGAAAAAACAGACAUGACCUACAAUGUAAUGUAACAAAAAUGGUUCUGACUUUGUAAAAUAAUUUUUUUUAAGUUUUUAAAAAUCCAUUUUUUGUAAGGGUAAUACAUUUAUAAUACAUAUGGGACAUAUUGUUAUUAUAAAGUGUGCUAUGUUCAAAAGUUUGGAAUAAUUUGUCAAAUUAAUAGUUAUUUUAUUCAGUAACAAAUUAAGCACUGUAGAAGUGUUCAGAACAUAAGGAAUUAUUUAUUGAUAAAUAAUAUGUACUUAUUGAUUUAUUGCAAUUCCUCAAGAUUUGAUCACCACUUUUUUCUUUAAAUAUGAGGCAUUCCAGAUUGUAAUUUUCAUUCUAAAUGUUGGACUGAUUUCUCAGUAAUUAAGUAAUCAUUUACAUCUUUGUUCUUUUUCCAGGACACAUUUAAUAUUUCUUCACUUCUUUUUUACAGUUUCCAGAAAAUUAUUUGAAAUCAGUGCAGUUAUAGAGCAGGGUUUCACAACCACUGGGCCCUGGACCACAAGUGGACCGCAAAACAUCCUUUGUUGGUCCUCAGGCCAGUACUGAAGGGGGGCAGUGGUCCACAGAGGGUGGUGAUGGCACUUUGUCAUAAAAAUCAGUGAAAAAUAAUUGAUAUAACUUUAAAAAAAUUCAAAUUUGUUGCAUCAAUGUCACACUUUAUCCCCUUACAUCUAGAAGCCAAAUACACCAAAUACACAAAAAUUCUGUUGACAUCUUAUGUUUGCUAACAUGUGUUGUAUAUUGCAGGGAUAGGCACCCAAACAUAGCUGUGUUGAAAAUUUCCCCCCAAAAAGAAAUUUCUUAAUAAAAAAGUUGACAUAUUUUUCUGUGAGUCUUCAUACUUUCUAGUAAUAAAUAGUUGGGCCUUGAAAUGGAAAAGGUUGAGGACCGCUGUUGUACAGUAGCAGCACCACAACAGAAUCAAUUUAUACAUUUAUCUACAGCAAAAUUGUUUUAUGUUAUUGAAAACAGCGAUUUCAAACUUUUGAACAGUAGUGUAACUAUAAUACAUAUGAUACAUAUUAGCAGUAUUUCUAUAUAUGUGUACUUACAUUAAUAUAUGGGUCCUGCCAUUGUAUAAAAACAAACCUGUGUGUUUCUGUCUAUGUGAAUGUGUGAGUUUGUGAGCGUGGCUGUGUGUGUCUGUUGCCGUUGCCUGUAACAUGACUCUCUCAUGGAUGAACUGAACUUUGGCAGUGGGAUAAAGCGCUUGGCUGUGGACCACAGAGUAAAAGCUGAAAGAGCUGUAGUGAUGUCACACGAAAGGCAAGGCCAAGCCAGGCACUGCUGUAAAGUCUCGAACAGAGCUGGAACAAAAGGCUUUCUGGCCUCCUCUCUCAUUCAUUCUCUUUUCCUUUUCCUCUCCUUCUCUUCUCUGUGGGGAACAAAAUACAGUAACGUUGUCUUUGUGUACAUGGCAAAGACAGAUAUCUUCCUGUGGUUGGAGUAACUGGUACUUUCCAGAGACUGCCUUUUGGUCCUGUGGUACGACGGAUGUCUCAAGUAUUGCCUCUUUGUGAAAGAACAUCAGCAAUUUUGUUUUUUUUUUUGUUGUUGUUGUUUAUUUUUGGCAUUAGCUGUUUUCAUAUUUCAGAUUUUGUAUUUUAUGCAUUACAUAAAUGUCAGAGAUGCUGGAGAUGGUUUAAGUGCCUGUAAGGAGGGAUGAUGUUUUGUACUUCUAUGUCGUGGAAUGCACAUAUUUUAUCAUAUGCGAUUAUUCUACUUGUUUGUUGUCGUAAUAACACAUAACUGCCCAUCACAAACCAUUUGGUUGAUACCUUAAAAGAGAAACAAAGAGUAAUAUGCACAUGUUUUUGUAUUUUUAUGACUUUUACAAUGUAUGUAUUCUCCAGAGGUAAAGUGGUAUCCCAGAUAACCCAGAUAAAUGUAAGCACGGUGCAAUUGUGUUUUUUUUUUUUCAUAGUCUUUAUACAUACUGUAUGAAACUGUACACAGCUAUUUCUCUGUACAUAUCAAAUCUAGAAGAAAUAAACAGAAGGUUGUUCCUUCAUCUUGUUUACAGUAA